AUGUUGAGGGUGUCGUUGUUGCUGUCAUUUAAAAAUGUGCGUGCUGUGCGUCCUAUAUUACAACAUGGAGCUAUUACAACGGCAAGUUUGAUAUCUUUGAAUCAGGCAUUUCAUACCUCUUUGCCAGUUGGUAGUGGAUUAUUUAAAAAGUCAAAAUUAGAACUGCAACCACAACAAGCUGGUUCUUUGCAAGCUGAUACUCCAAAGGUGACCCCUCCUGCUACCUCCUCCCCUGUCUCCCCUGUUGGCCCCGCCUCCCCUGUCUCCCCUGCUGGCUCCGCCUCCCCUGUCUCCCCUGCUGGCCCCACGGAGCAGGACUUUAAAACCCAUCCCAUAUUGAAGAGAGUGCCCAAAUUCCUUCACAACUAUGCAUCUCAAUUCAUAAAUGCCCCCUUUUCAAACUUAGUUGCAUUCAUUAUUCUUCAUGAAUUAACGGCGAUAAUCCCAUUAUUCGGAAUAUGGUACUACCUCCAUAAUCACCCUGGCUUGAUUCCUUUAGAUCUCCCACAAUGGGCUUUGACUAAAGGUGCUAAAGUAUUGGAUUCUCUAUUAGACCAGUUUAACUGGAAUAUCAAUUCAAGUGAUAAAAUAGCAUUAUUAAUGGAAGGUGCCUAUUCCUUCACUAUUGUUAAACUAUUGCUACCUGUGAGGGUUAUUAUCAGUUUAUCAGGGAUGCCAUUGUUUGCAAAGUUGUUUGUGUUACCAAUUACUAAUUUAUUCAGGAAUUUGAAAGAGUUGAGAAGAGUUAAGCAGGAGAGGAAAUUGGAAAGGAAAAAAAUGGAGGUGAAACGUGUUGAUAAACCAAGAUUAUAA